AAAUCAUUUAAAAAGUAUUUUGCAAUCAAUACAGAUCACAUUAACUUAAAAAGACAAUGAAAAAGACUUUGUUAUGUUAUAAAUUAAUAAUAUUUAUUAUAAUUCUAUUAAAAACGCAAUUCAUUUCUGGUCAUCUCGACGAACAAGAAGAUACUUCUCAAAUUUCUCGGAAUAAUGAAAGUAAUAUUUUAUGUCCUCAUUUGUCAAAAGGACAAUAUCCACAUCCAUUUGAUGACUACUAUUACAUAAAAUGUGCUUCAGAAAAAACCUUAGUAAAAAAGUGUACCUACGGUAAAAAAUUUCAUACCUCAAAACGAAAAUGUGUAUCAAUUCAUAAACUACAAUCCGUGAAUUCAGACAAUAAUGAUCUAUAUACAACUUUAUUUAGAUGUCCCCCCAAUAAAAGAGCUAUAUAUUUAUAUCCAUAUAAUCCCAGGAAAUAUGUAAAAUGUGAUAGGGACAAGAUGAUAGUACUAGAUUGUGGUUCUUUGGAAGUAUUUAGUAUCAGUCAAGGUAUCUGUUUACCUGAAGAACAGGUAUCACAAGACGAUCGUGUGGCUUUACCAACAACUAAACUAAUUCAUACAAAUGGUCCAGACAAGAACAAUAAUACAAUCUACUGUCCAAUAGAGUUAUUUGGAUUAUAUCCACAUCCAUUUAAUAAUGAGAAAUAUUUGAAAUGUGUAUAUGGUCGACUGUAUGAGAAAUCCUGUUCUAGCGGUUAUGUUUAUAACAUUUUUACGAAAUUCUGCGAAAGAAACGAAACAGAUUUGUAUAAAACGUUGCCACCUACUGGGAACAAUAAAAAUGAUAAAUCGAAAAUUCAAAAAAAAAAUGGAUCUACUUUCCUAAUAUGUCCUACAGAUUUAGAUGGUACUUUUGUACAUCCUUUAUAUUGUAGCAAAUACAUAAUAUGUUCUCCUGCUGGCACCAGUAUAAGAAACUGUCCCAUUGGCAAUGUUUACAACUUUCAUAAAGGUGCCUGCGGCUAUAAGAGUGAGAUGAAUAAACAAUAUCACGUGGAGUGCAUACAAAAUAACGAAAAUUCGGAAGAUAAAAAUACCUUCGGCGUGUAUUGUAAACCAGAAGGGAACAGGAAUUAUUCACAUCCAAUAAAUGUGCAUAAAUUUAUUCGUUGCUCAGAUGGGAAACUGCUUGUUCGAUGGUGUCCAAAAAAUACCUUUUAUGAUAUAGAAUCUCGUAAAUGUAUUAAUGACACUAAUGAAAUUGAAGAGUAAUAGGGCCACAAAUCAAAUUUCUAAUGAUUAGAAAAACGAUGUAUACAAUCUUAUUUAGUUCCUAAUUGUUUAUGAUUAAUUGUUAUUUCUGAAAUGUUUUAUUUACAUGAUAGCAAUGUUAUAUUUUUCAUAAAAUAUAUGUUAAUUAUUUGUUUAUGUUUAUUUAA